GCUCCGAAUAUUUCCUUGAAUCGAAAAUUCCAUCCCCCCAGCAAACAUCAUGUUGUUCUUUUUUAACCUCUACUUUAUUUUGUGUUAAUCUUGGUUUUCUAUUAAUUACCACCGCUGUUUUACAUGUAAUGGCCGUUUCGUCUUCUAAAGCAUUCCCGCGUUCACAACCAUGGCAACGAUCGGAACGGGUGAUUGAUGUGCUGUUACCAAAGUACUAUGAAUAUGAUAUGCUCGAUGACCCUGGCCAUGGCAACUUUAGUUUUCGUUCGACGACCACAAAUCCGCAGAGCCAGACAAUGACGAUGGAUGACGAACUGUGUAUGGGCGAUGAUUGCGAUGCGUUGUAUACCGAAACGUUGCUCAAUUCGGAUUUUAUGGAUUGGCUUUACAACGAACAUUCUCCUUCUACCAGCUCAACGUCACUGGAACGAUUACGGAUGCUUGUCGCACACGUGAGCCAGGCCAUAUUGCCACCCUUGACAAAGAUCCAAGAACCACCACUGAUAUCACAAAAUACCACACCAUCGUUUCGAUCCUCCACCUCCACUACCACAUCCUCCUCCUCCUCCUCCUCCUCAUCCUCCAUCUCACCUGCAUCGAUCUCCUCACCACCGAAUACCACGACUACCGUUCAUUUACCUGGAUCCCGUAGCAAUAAAGGCAAACGUAAAGCGUGAUACGACUCAUCCGUGGAUCAAAAUUUUGUCUAUCAUGGUCUAUCCUGGCAGGCGAGAUCACUUUUUGCCUUGCGGAACUUUAAUUGAUUAGUCAUGCAAAUCUCAACCUUAUUAAAAUGUUUGGGAGUUAUGCGCGCUAAUUUUCAGUCACAAGGCAGUCACAUUGGGUUUUUGCUACAUGUCGGUUUU